AUUGAAACACAUUCAUUUACCCGCUGCUUUUCUAUUUUACGUCACAUUAUGUCUGAGGCUGAAGUUUGCGAAAAAGGUCAACUAGAUGACCGUAAAGAAGUUCAGGACAAACUGUCCAUAGCAAAGGAAUGGGGAAGUUAUUUUUUCUCAAAGGCUGUAAAAUCCAGUGAGCAAGUAGUACGGAAUCUGGCAAAUCGGAUAGAUUUAAAUGAGAUAAAGACGGCUGUAAGCGAUGUUACUUCAACUGUCAAACAGGUUCCACUCAUACGUGAAUUUCAACAGGCUCAAGCUGAUUUUGCCGAGGCUCAUCAGUCCAGCCAAAAUGAAACAGUUGAUUUUCAUGUAUCAACACUGUCCGAUCUUCCACCAUGGCAUCCUGAUGUAUCUGGUUUAAGUGAUCCUAAUGCUGUUUCUGCAUUGAAAGAAAAUAUUUUAGCUUUAAGUCAAAAUCCAAAUAACUUUCUAAUCCCUCCACCUGAAGAAGCUCAACUCAAGUGGACUACACCGAUACCUCAAAAUUUACUACACGAAGCCCAAAUUCUUCUUAAGGAAGAUCCUAAUUUAUCUGCUGUACGAUAUCGUCUUGUGCCAAGCAAAAUAAGUGAAGAUAUAUUCUGGAGAAAUUAUUUCUAUCGUUUAUCUUUAAUACGACAAUCUGCUCAUCUGUCUGCUGUGAUGGCCAAUUCUCAUCCUCAAAAUAUGACCAAUAGCAAUGUUAGCAGUGGUGGAAGUGACAACGGUGUCUCAGAUACUGAUUUUGUAUGCAUUGAACAAAAUCCUAUUUGGUCACGUGGUAAAACCAAUUCAGAAAUGAUGAUGAAAGAGACGACUAGUGAAGGUGUUUCAUCAAAGAAAAGUGAAAAGACCAAGCAUUCUACAACAACAAAAGUGAAAACAUCAACACCUACUACUGAACAACCAUCAAAGAAGUCCACCUCCUCCCAUUCAUCACCAUCAUCAACAACAACAACAACAAUGAAGAAGAAUAAAACUAAGCAGCAGAUUGAUGAAUCACAAAAAAGUACAAAAUAUUCAUCAAAUUCUCCUUCAAAUAAUUUAAAAACGAACAGUGAUAAUACUUCAUCUACUAAAUCAUUAGAAGAACAAUUAGAAGAGGAGAUUGCACGUGAAGUUGAUGAACUUGUUUUGAGCAAAACUGAAAAGAAUUUAAAUAAUAGUAAUAAAAAUAAUAAUGGCGACGAUGACAGUGAAUCAGAUGAGAUUGAUGAAGAAUUAGAAUUAGAAAUAUUAGCUGAACUAGAAGGCGGCAGUGUUAAUAAUCGUACUGCUGGUGUUGUCGUUGAUACCACUGAAAGUAAUGAAGAUGAUGAUGAUGAUGAUCUUAUCACAGAUGAUGUUCAUUUGAAACAAAAAGUUUAAUUAAAACAAAAUUUCAAUUAAUUUUUACAUAUAAUAUAACAGAUAAUAUAUUAAUAUAAAUGUUGAUAUCUUACACAACAUUUAUUAUGUUUUUGAGAAAACAGAAAAUAUUCAAAGAUUAUUUAUAAUUAUAACGAUAACUAAUGAUUAACUUUGUUUUAAUUUGUUCAUUUUUUCUGGCGUGCGCGCGCGCGCCUUUUUUAAACGGAAGGAAAAUGGAACAACCUGAAAAUGAAGUAUUUUUUCAGUUAUAAUUUUAUUAUUUUGUUUUUAUUACCAUUGUUGUUGUUAUUAUUAUUAAUAAUAAUAUUGUUUUCUCUGUCUUAUCGAAAUUCGCUUUUUCUCUUUAACAUAUCAAUAAUAGUACAAUGAUAAUAAUAAUAACAAUUGGUUUUGCAAUUAUUUCAAUUCCUUCGAAGGUAGAUAAACAGUUUAUAUAUCA